AUGGAGGGUCUGGGCCGCUCGUGCCUGUGGCUGCGCCGGGAGCUGUCGCCCCCGCGCCCGCGGCUGUUGCUGCUCGACUGCCGCAGCCGCGAGCUUUACGAGUCGGCGCGCAUCGGCGGGGCGCUGAGCGUGGCCCUGCCCGCGCUGCUGCUGCGCCGCCUGCGGCGGGGGAGCCUGUCGGUGCGAGCGCUAUUACCGGGGCCACCACUGCAGCCACCGCCCCCCGCCCCGGUGCUCCUGUACGACCAGGGCGGGGGCCGGCACUGGCGCGCCGAGGCCGAGGCCGAGGAGUGGGAAGCCGACUCGGUGCUGGGCACUCUGCUGCAGAAGCUUCGGGAGGAAGGCUACCUGGCCUACUACCUACAGGGUGGCUUCAGCAGAUUCCAGGCCGAGUGCCCUCACCUCUGUGAGACCAGCCUCGACCGCCGAGGGGGCCUGAGCAUGGCCCCACUGCCCAGCCCAGUGGUGGGGCUGGGGGGCCUGUGCCUGGGCUCUGACUGCUCUGAUGCGGAUUCCGAGCCUGACCGUGAUGCCAUGAGCUGCGGCCUGGAUUUGGAGGGCACCACACCCCCCCCAGCGGGGCUGCUGUCAUCCUUCCCCGUCCAGAUCUUGCCCAACCUCUACCUGGGCAGUGCCCGCGAUUCAGCGAACGUGGAGAGCUUGGCCAAGCUGGGCAUCCGCUACAUCCUCAAUGUCACCCCCAACCUCCCCAACCUCUUUGAGAAGAAUGGCGAAUUUCACUACAAGCAGAUCCCCAUCUCGGACCACUGGAGCCAGAAUUUGUCCCAGUUCUUUCCGGAGGCCAUCGCGUUCAUUGACGAGGCCUUGUCGCAGAACUGCGGGGUGCUCGUUCACUGUCUGGCGGGUGUCAGCCGGUCUGUCACUGUCACCGUGGCCUACCUCAUGCAGAAGCUGCACCUCUCGCUCAAUGAUGCCUAUGAUCUGGUCAAGAGGAAGAAGUCCAACAUCUCGCCCAAUUUCAGCUUCAUGGGGCAGCUGCUGGACUUCGAGCGCACCCUGCAGCUGGAAGAGCGCCGUGCCCGAGAGAGGGGCAGCGGGGGGCAGGAGUCGGCCGCCUCUGAUCCCCCCUCUUUCUUCACCACCCCGACCAGCGAUGGCGUCUUCGAGCUGGACGCCACAUAG